ACCCCCGCCUGUCCCCAAUCUCUUUCUUUCUUUACCUUCACUCCGUCUCCCGAUUCUAUCCCUUGUUUUAGGGUUUUGGUUUUUCUAGGGUUUGGGCCUUUUUAAUACUCUUUACUACCAAUAUCAUGUCUAAAGAUCAGUUUAACAUGGCAGAUCUUGGUGCUAAUCUUCCUGGUGCUGCCGCUGCUUUGAGUGCGGAAGAUCGUGCUGGACUUGUUAAUGCUUUAAAGAAUAAGCUUCAGACUUUGGCUGGACAACAUUCUGAUGUACUUGAAAGUCUUACACCAAAUGUUAGGAAGCGUGUUGAGGCUUUGAGAGAGAUUCAGACUAAGCAUGAUGAAAUCGAAGCAAAGUUUUUUGAAGAGAGAGCCAUACUUGAAGCCAAGUACCAGAAGAUGUAUGAGCCUCUUUACAGUCAGAGAUUUGAUAUUGUAAAUGGUGUCGUUGAAGUCGACGGAGUUACAAAAGAGGUUGAGGCUGACAAAGAAGCAGAUAAAGAUGCAGAAGUAGAUAAGGGUGUUCCCGAUUUUUGGCUCAAUGCUAUGAAGACAAAUGAAGUUUUGAUGGAGGAGAUCACAGAACGUGACGAAGGUGCUCUCAAGUAUCUGAAAGAUAUCAAGUGGUGCAGGAUUGAAGAGCCCAAGGGAUUCAAGCUUGAAUUCUUUUUUGAUACCAAUCCCUAUUUCAAGAAUGCUGUCCUGACAAAAACUUAUCACAUGAUUGAUGAUGAUGAACCAAUUCUAGAAAAAGCAAUUGGGACUGAAAUUGAUUGGUAUCCUGGGAAGAGUUUGACCCAGAAAGUGCUGAAGAAGAAGCCUAAGAAGGGGUCAAAGAACACAAAGCCCAUCACAAAAACCGAAGACUGUGAAAGUUUCUUCAAUUUCUUUAACCCUCCCCAAGUCCCUGAGGAUGAUGAUGAACUUGAUGAAGAGACGGCUGAAGACCUUCAGAAUCAAAUGGAGCAAGACUAUGAUGUUGGCUCCACCAUCCGUGACAAGAUCAUCCCACAUGCUGUUUCGUGGUUCACUGGAGAAGCUGUCCAGAGUGAAGAAUUUGAUAUGGAUAUGGAUGAUGAGGAUGAUGAUGAAGAUGAUGAGGAAGAUGAGGAUGAGGAUGAUGACGAGGAAGAUGAGGACGAGGAUGACGACGAUGAAGACGAUGAUGAAGAUGAAGGCAAGAACAGGAAGAAGCCAACAUCCGGAAAGAAAAGUAGAGUUCCAGCUGCUGAAGGACAGCAAGGGGAGAGACCACCAGAGUGCAAGCAGCAGUAAGGUUUGUUUAGCAGCAGCCAAGUAAAACUGGGUUUAUAGAGUGUAGUGUGGAGAGUGGCUUGAGUGGAGUGCGAAAGAUGGAGGGGAAUGGGGAAGAGAAAGCGAUAUGGGAUGGCAGUUUUGAUUUAUCCUUUCUUUGGUUGUUAUUGUCAUUGGUGUUAGUCGACAGCUAUAUUUUUUAUUUGGGGUUUUGUUGGGAGGGUGAACUGGAAAAUUGUUGACAUAUUAUGCCCUUUUUAGUUUUCCUUCCUGUGGUGGUCUGUGGUUAUUCCAGUGUUUUAACUUCCCUUUCAAACUAUUUGAAAUAGUAGUAUAUUCUUAUAUUGUUCUUAUAGUACUAUUUGAACAGUCUUGCCAUCAUCUAGUAA